UCGUCAUCCCUAAUAACAGUGACGCUGCAGAAUGCUGACUCCUCAUUGGCUCAGGUGGAGCAUUAUUAAAAGAGCCUCGACAUUUCCUGCUUCAUUUGUCCAAUUGCGAGUCAAGCGUGUGUUCGUCACUUUUGUCUUUCUCUGCGGGAUUAAAAGUGACAAACAUCUUUUUGUUUCGUGCUGACAUCAUGAACUUGUUUUUAUUCUUUCUUCUGGUCGUGCAAAUGCACAGCGUGACGCCUGUGAUUCACAUGCUGCAGUAUUUCCACACUACGACCUCUCAAGGUCCAAACUUCCCAGAGUGUGUGAUUGUUGGUUAUGUUGAUGGAGUUGAGAUUAGUUACUAUGACAGCAACAUCAGGAAAGCAGAAGCCAAACAGGACUGGAUGAACAAAAUCACAGCAGAGGAUCUAAACUACUGGCAGAUGGAAACAGAGAACUGUGUUGUUCAUGAGAUUACUGACAAACACAACCUUGAAGUUCUUGAGAAGCGUUUCAACCAAACUGGAGGUGUUCACACUUACCAGAGGAUGUAUGGAUGUGAAUGGAAUGAUGAGACUGAUGAAGUUAAAGGUUGGGAUCAGAAAGGUUAUGAAGGAGAAGAUUUCAUGUCGUUGGACAUGAAGACAUGGACAUGGACUGCAGCAAAACAACAAGCUUUCCCCACCAAACUCAAGAGGGACCAGGACAUACUUCUAAUAAACAACCUAAAGUAUUACUACACUGAGGAUUGUCCUUCUUACCUGAAGAAGUAUGUGAAGUAUGGCAAGGAGGUCCUAAUGAGAACAGAGCUUCCAGAGGUGUUCCUCCUCCAGAAGACGCCGUCCUCUCCGGUCACCUGCAUGGCGACAGGUUUCUACCCCGACCUCGCCGACCUGUUUUGGAGGAAAGACGGCGAGCAGAUGUUGGAGGACGUGGAGCACGGAGAGCUGCUCCCCAACCACGACGGAACCUUCCAGAUGUCGGUGGAGCUGAAAGUGGAGGUGACGGCCGACGUGGAGGGCAAGUACGAAUGUGUGUUCCAGCUGUCUGGCGUCGAGGAGGACUUGGUCACCAAGCUGGAGAGAAGAAGCAUCCUGAGCAACGCAAGCCAUGAAGACAACUUGAGCGUCGCCCUCGCUGCCACGGCGGCGGUCGUCGCUGUGGCGGCCGUCCUGGCGGCCAUCAUCACGGUCAUGGUCAGGCGUCACAGAAACAGACAAGGUGAGGGACACCAAUGUCCUCCGUCUUCUUCUUCUUCUUCUUCUCGGUCCAGGCCGUGAGUUGAUGCUUUCAUCCGGGCUGCAUGUUUUAGUUGCCUUCCAGCCAAACACUCAAAGAUCCACAGAGACAGAGCGCACACUCUCACAUAGAAACACGUGAGGAAAAAGUCCAUUUCACCUUGUUUCCCUUUCAUUUCAGCCCAGUACGAUCCAGCUCGUAAGUAAAACAUCUUUUCUUUGAGCCGCAAGAAACAAAGCCGUGGUGAAGCGUCACUAACAUGGAGGUUUGAGGUGGACCUUUGUUACAAGUUUAGCCUGAAAAUCCCAACUUUGGCUGACUCCUUCACAAUAAAACACCCUCCUGUGAGCACACGCAAUACAAAGUGUGGCAUAUCUCACGUUUGACAUGAGUCCUCAUGAUGAGGAUCAGCCAAACGAGACCUCAAGUGUGCUGACUCAUCAAGAAGGUAU